AUGCUGUUCUCCCAUUGGCUGCUGAGAUGUGGCUGGGAGGAGACUAAACAUGGCGGCAUGCACAAGAUUACUCAAACUGCCUAAGUAUUAACAAUCCAGGUCCACAAUGGAUGACUUGCCAGGAUUGUAUGAAAUCUUUCAAGGAGAGGUUGCAAACGUGACCGACUAUGGAGCAUUUAUUAAAAUACCAGGCAGCAGAAGGCAAGGUCUUGUUCACAGAACUCAUAUGUCAUCGGCCAAUAUUGAGCGUCCGGCUGAAGUAGUGGAUGUUGGAGAGAAGGUUUGGGUGAAGGUCAUCGGCCGUGAGAUAAAAGAUGGGAAGGAAAAAAUCGCCUUAUCCAUGAAGGUUGUACACCAAGGAACUGGAAAGGAUUUGGACGCCAAUAAUGUGGCGCUGGAGCAAGAUGAAAGAAAAAGACGGGAGUUCAGGGACUACAGCAAGCAGAAGAUUACACUGGAGGCAGUGCUGAACACUGUGUGUAACAAGUGCGGCUGUAAAGGUCACUUUGCUAAAGAUUGUUUCAUGCAGCCUGGAGGAACGAAAUACAGUUUAGUACCAGAAGAGGAAGAAGGUGAUGAGGGUGAUCACAAGAAAACAGAUAAGCAUGUUAAGAAGAAAAAGAAGGAAAAGAAGAGAAAAAUGCAUCGGAAAGAAAAGAACGAUUCUUCAGGAACAGAGAGCUCAUCAGGCAGAAGUUCUGACGGUUCAGACUCUGAGCCCUCCAGAAAGAAGAGACGCCAUACAGAGAAAAGCAAAAAGACCUCAAAGAAAAAGAAAAAAAAGCACAAGAAGCACAAACAAAGGGACUGAGAAGGGUCAUUGUUUACGCUGGUGUAGUCCUGUAGUGCUGGGACUGCUGUAUCCUCUCUCAGGCAGCAGGAAGCAGUUUUCCAUGCAGCUGUUCUAUGCAGCUUUAUGUGAAAUUUAAGCUGUCCUGUUCCCAUCGUCCAGUCCCAGGGGUAUAUGACAGAUGCAUCAAAAUAAAAAUAAAAUAACCAUGGA